AUGAGUGAACCAGCAAAGAAGCCUUUCAGAGUCGUGGUGGUCGGCGCUGGGGUUACUGGCUUAGCAGCAUCUCACGGCUUCCAGAAAGCGGGAAUCGAUCACGUCGUGCUGGAGAAGGGCAGUGAUGCUGCUCCCAAUCUAGGUACAAGCAUCGCCAUCUACCCUCACGGUUCUAGGCUUUUAGAACAGUUCGGCUGCUUGGAAGCCGCAGAAGCUACUACGGCGCCAUACAAACGAUAUGUGAAUCGAAUGCCGGAUGGGAAGAUAGUUGCCGAUAACGAUUUGUGGAAAGUUGUCCGCGAGAACCAUGGUUAUGAGUUCUUACUCAUGGAACGCCGAAUCUUUCUAGAAGUCCUUUAUGAUGGCCUUCCGGAUAAAUCUAGGAUUCUUAUGAACAAGAGCGUCAAAAGUGUUCAAGAAGAUGAAGAGGGAGUCGAGGUCUUCUGCGAUGACGGGACGAGUGAGCGCGGUGAUCUUGUUAUCGGGUGCGACGGAGUACACAGCAAGGUACGUCAGACGAUGUGGGAGAACGCAGCCAAGCUCGAGCCUGGUCUUAUCACGGCCAGUGAGAAAAAGACUAUGACCACGACGUGGAACUGUCUACUCGGCAUGGGGCCUGGGGAGCCUGACCUGGGUCAUGAGGUUGGCGCUGUCCACAAUGACCGUUACUCCUUCUUGAUAUCUGCGCAGCCAGACAAGACUUACUGGUUUGUCUUCAUGAGAGUUGACAAGCCAUACUCUACAUACAAGAGGCCCAGAUACACGGAAAAGGACGCUGAAGCGGCGGCUGCCAGCAUGGCCGAACACCCAAUCUCAGGGACAAAAGUGUUUGGCGAGCUGUGGAAAAACCGUUGGAGAAGCGUGUUGGUGGAUAUAGAGGAAGGAGUCCUGGACCAUUGGCAUUUCGGCAGAAGCGUUCUCGUGGGUGAUGCUGCUCAUAAGAUCACCCCCAACAUCGCACUCGGAGGGAAUACUGGCAUGGAAAGCAUUGCACUUCUCACGAAUCUGCUCAAUCGGGAGAUGCAAGCUCGUCCAGAGGUCAAGCCAUCUAAGGAUCGUCUUGACGCUCUUUGCCAGGAAUACCAAGAAAAGCAGAUCCCACGGACACGGAAGAUUAUGAAGUUCGCCAACUUGAUCACCCGCGUGCAGGCAUGGGAUGGGUUUUGGAUGAAAAUGAUGGCUCUUUGGGUUGUUCCCUUCCAGAGCGAGAAGAAACUGGGUCACGAUCUUGCCGAGAUCAUUAAAGGUGGGGUGAAGUUGGACUUUGUACCGAUUGGAGAGUAUAAGGAGAAGAAGAUCCUGUGGGAUGAUGAAGCGCAGCCUGAGAAGAUAACAUCCGGGGAGAGGGUAUGGAGUCUGGUCAAGCAGGCACAAGUGCCGAUGUUGGGAUUGUUUGUUGCUUUGUCCUCAGCUCUAUGGUUGAUGGGCGGGAGGGCACUGCUGGUCGGUCAGUAG